AUGCUGAGGUUGUCUUCCAUCGCUAAGAUUAGAGCUGGCGCAGCACGUAGGGUCCUUUUGGGCCCUUGCAGCUCAUCUUUCAGCCUUUACAAUGCACCAAAGAUGCAUACACUGUCGCCGCAGCUGUUUGCAAUACGUUCAAAAUUUAGCACAUCCACCAAACCGCCAUCUGAGGAUAAUAAGGUUCCUGUAGUCCAAAAGGCUGCGAAACCGUCCUUGUGGGCUAGGAUUAAACAUGAGGCAAGACACUACAGAGAUGGCACGAAGUUACUGUGGCUGGAGAUAAAGAUUUCUUUCAGGCUUCUUUUGAAGCUUUCUGCGGGCUAUCAGUUGUCUAGAAGAGAAUUGUUGCAACUCAAAAGAACCACUCAGGACAUCGUCAGACUAGUCCCAUUCGCAGCAUUCGUUCUAGUACCUUUUGCAGAGCUUCUUUUACCUGUCGCCUUGAAGUUGUUCCCAGAUAUGCUUCCUUCGACUUACCAGUCAAAGAAGGAUAAACAAUCAAAGUUGGAGAAUCUCAGGAAGACGAGAAAUUUGGUUGCUGGCAUCAUCAAGGAAGAUUUAUCCCAUUUCAAACCGGCAGAUAUAUCCAACGAGCAAAAGGCAGUUUUCAAUCGGUUCUAUGAACAUGUGCGUAAGACAGGCGAGCCUGAAUCACGUCAGCAGCUAAUUCAGGUGGCAAGACUCUUCAAGGAUGACACAGUAUUGGAUAAUGUUACGAGGUCGUACUUGGUCGCAUUAGCCAAGUAUAUCAACCUGCAGCCUUUUGGCACCGAUGUUAUGUUGCGUUACCGUAUCAGAUACAAGAUGUUGGAAUUGAAAAAAGACGACCUCUCAAUCUACUACGAGGGUGUGGAACAGUUGAGCCCUGCAGAGCUCUUCAACGCGUGUGCCUCAAGAGGCAUAAAGUGCAACAACGUAGAUGAAUCCACCCUGAGAGACAACUUGCGGAUCUGGCUAAAUAUGAGGCUGAAGGACAAGAUACCGUCUACACUGCUGAUCAUGGCCACUGCCUACAACUACGGUGAGGUAACCUCCAAGAAGUCCCUGUAUGAUGCACUUUGUGACGUGCUAAGUGGUAUACCGGAUGAAUUAUACCAUGAAGUGAAAGUCAACGUUGUGCAGGAAGAUGAUGUAUCGCCAAAGCAGAAGCUGGUCCAACUAAAGGAGCAGGAGGAAAUCAUGAAGGAAGAAGAACAACAAGAAAGAAACGCUAUUGUCAGGGUUAGAGACCAACUGAACUUGGACGACAUCGACCAUCCAGAGCACCACGAAGGUAAGCAGAUACCUCAAGUGAAAAAGUGA